ACAAAUACACAACCCAUAAUCCAAUAAUAUCUUUCAAAGUUUAAAGCGUGCAGCAAAACCCUCCCAAAAAAAUAAAUAAAAACCCCAAGUCCUGCCUACCUCCACCGCCACCGAGUUUCAUGAGGCCAUGACCACCAUCUCCUCCUCCCCUGAUUUACUCACCACGCCCCAAAUGGCACACCCACAGCCUCUCCAUGCAGCCUCCGACCCCGAACCCGACGACUCUUCCUCUCUCUCCACCCAAAACCCAAGUCCAGGCCCAAACCCGAACCCGACCCAAAUCCCCACCCGCCCUUGUCGGCGGCGGACCCGACCCGCUCUACUCGCCCAACAAGGUCAUGAUUUGGGAGGACAACGAGUCCCGUUGCAUCUGCGAGCUCUCUUUCCGGUCCGAAGUCAAAGGGGUCAGGCUCCGCCGUGACCGAAUCGUCGUCGUUUUGGUCCAGAAGGUUUUCGUCUACAAUUUCACUGACUUAAAGCUCCUGCACCAAAUUGAGACCAUCGCCAACCCCAAAGGACUGUGUGAGGUCUCGAACGUGUCGGGUCAUCCGGUGCUGGUGUGCCCGGGGCUCCAAAAAGGUCAAAUUCGGAUCGAGAAUUACGGGUCAAAGCGGACCAAGUUUGUAAUGGCCCACGAUUCCAGGCUCGCCUGCUUGGCGCUCACGCAGGAUGGUCGGCUGCUAGCCACGGCCAGUAGCAAAGGCACUUUGAUCAGGAUUUUCAAUACUUUGGAUGGUUCAUUACUUCAAGAGGUAAGGAGAGGAGCAGACAGAGCAGAGAUUUACAGUCUUGCUUUUUCUUCUACUGCCCAAUGGCUAGCUGUCUCAAGUGAUAAGGGCACUGUCCAUGUUUUCAGCCUAAAGGUUGAUUCAGGAUCCUUGGGAAACAAUAGAUCAUGCAGUGCAUCAGAAAUCAGUCCUCCUAAUCCUUCCGGCAUUUCAUCUCUCUCUUUCAUGAAAGGUGUGUUGCCAAGGUAUUUCAGCUCAGAAUGGUCAGUGGCUAAAUAUCACUUGCAGGAAGGUUUGCAGUACACUGUUGCCUUUGGACACCAGAAGAACACAGUCGUGAUUCUUGGCAUGGAUGGAAGCUUCUAUCGUUGCCAAUUCGACCCUGUAAAUGGAGGAGAAAUGACUCAGCUGGAAUAUUAUAACUUCUUGAAGCCAGAUGAAACUUUUUGAAGUGGUGUAAAUAUAUUGUUCUUGGUAGCACCUUCAAGUUAUGCCUUUUUUCUUCCUUAAAUUAUUUAGGGUAUUGAAAUACAUUGUAAAUAUUCGAGGAAAUGAGAAUAUGCUAGAGAUCGGUAUCGGGGUUACACAUAUAUAACAGUUAUAUUAUGUAUCAAUGAAAAUAGUUUCAAUGAUCAACAAUUUUUUA